CCAUCUUCCAGCACCAUGGCUUCCACUCCGGUCGUCCCCGCGCCAUACUGGGCCUCCCAGCUCGACUUCCCCCCCAUCGCAAAGUCCAAAGUCAACGGCCUCGUCGAUCCCCCAGGCUUCUCCGGCGCCCCCAGCGGCCCCAAGAAAGGCAAAGACGUCAAGACCCAACCCCGAAAACCCCCCUCCCCCGAAGAGCGCGACACCCUCAAGCUGAAAAAGGCCUGGGAGGUCGCCCUCGCCCCCGUAAAGGGCCUCCCCAUGACCGCCAUCAUGAUGUACAUGUCCGGCAACUCCCUCCAGAUCUUCAGCAUCAUGAUGGUCUUCAUGGCUUUCAAGAACCCCAUCGUCGGCCUCAUGGCCACCAACCAGGCCUUUGAGCGCUUCCAGACCGACAGCAACGCCGGGCAGAUUCUGCAGACCAAGCUCGUCUACGUCGCGAUGCAGUUCUUGGCGCUGGCGGUGGGCAUCUGGAAGAUUAACUCUAUGGGCUUGUUGCCGACAACACGAUCUGACUGGCUGAUGUGGGAACCACUGAGAGAGCCUGUAGAACACGCAAUCCUAGCUCUGUAA